CAUUGAGACGAGUUUGCGGAUGUUGAAGGAGGAGUCGAUCCAGUCCUCGUUUAUUUUCCCACACAGCUUUCGAGCACUUGACGCUUCUCUGCAACUCUUCUCAAAUUACAAUCCCAACAAGAUUCCACAGCUCAAUGCAAUUUUUGUUCUUAAAGCAGAAUCAAUCAACCCUCCACUCAGCUUAUUAUUAAGACAAUUUGCUAGUUAAUGUUUUUCCUCAAACCCUUCUGAGUAGGCUACUUUUCGACAGGUGUUUUGGGCAGAGUGCCCGGAAGAAAAAUGUCCAAUGUGAAAGAUGCACCUGCUGCGGCGAAUGUGUGUGUGUGUGCACAGCUCCUCACAGAUGACCCUGCAGGUGUGCCUUGAGGAGUGUAUGGAGGCCCUGGACCUCUUCCUCAACAACCACUUCAGUGAGAGCCUGGACAAACUGCGGCCACGGGUGAAAGAGAGCAUGUACCAUGCUCUGAUCUACGCCACUGUGCUGGAGAUGCAGGCUAUGAUGACCUUCCAGCAGGAUGACAUCAUCAACGCAGGCAACACCAUGAAGAGUGCCCAGGAGGUCUGCCAGAGGUUUCGACGAAAGUCCCCUAGUAAUAUCAGUAAAUCACCUGGAGAGCAUCUAACUGAAGAGCAGCUCCAAGCUCUCCAUGCUGAUGCGUGUUAUGCUGAAUGCUUGCUCCAAAGGGCUGCUCUCACCUUCCUACAGGAUGAGAACAUGGUGAGUUUUAUCAAAGGAGGAAUCAAAGUACGCAACAGUUAUCUGAUUUACAAGGAGCUGCACACCUUCCUACAGUCUAACAGCUCUCUCCAAGGACCCAAUCACAUUCACUUAGAGGGAGGAGUGUCUUUUGGGAUCGGAGCAUUCAACUUGACUCUUUCCAUGUUUCCACCUCGGUUACUCAAAGUUUUAGAGUUUGCUGGCUUCUCUGGAGACAAGGAGUAUGGUCUGUCCCAGCUGAAUGAUGGUGCCACUACAAACAACCUGCGCUCCAUGCUGUGUGCCCUGCUGUUGCUCUGUUACUACACCUUCCUCACCUUCAUACUCGGGACCGGUGAGGGGGACGUGGCUGAUGCUGAGAAGCUGCUGAAGCCUUUCCGGCUCCGCUACCCACAGGGGGCCAUAUUUCUCUUCUUUGCAGGCAGGGCUGAGGCAAUCAAGGGGAACAUCGAUGAGGCGGUGGUGCUGUUUGAGGAUGGCUGCAAAGCUCAGCAGCAGUGGAAGCAGUUCCACCACAUGUGCUACUGGGAGCUGAUGUGGUGCUUCACCUACAAGUGCGUGUGGCGGAUGGCCUACUUUUACGCUGACCUACUGAGCAAUGAGAGCCGCUGGUCCAAGGCUAUGUAUGUGUACAUGAAGGCUGCUUACCUGAGCAUGCUUGCUCCUGGGGAGGCUAGGCCUUUUGGGGAAGAUGAGGUGGAGCUUUUCAGACGAGUGUCCACCUUCAAGCAAAAGAUAGCAGGGAAGUCUCCACCCACAGAGAAGUUUGCCAUUCGCAAGGCUAGACGUUACAAAGCUAGCUGCCCAGUGAGGCUCCCAGUACCUGUGCUGGAGAUGAUGUACAUGUGGAACGGCUUCUCCAUGAUCAGCAAGCGGCCAGAGCUGACCGAGGGCAUGCUGCAAACACUGGUGGAGGCAGAGCGCACCCUGCUGGAAUCUCCCGUGAAUGAGUAUUCAAUGGAUGACCGCUGUGUGAUCUACCUACUGAAGGGGCUGUGUCUGAAGAACCAGGGACACAUUCGGGCUGCAGAGGAAUGCUUCAACAAGGUGUACAACAGUGAGAAGAAGAUCAAGUUUGACCAUUACCUAGUGCCCAACGCUCUGCUGGAGCUCAGUGUGGUCUACAUAGACACGGGCCGCAAGGAGGAGGCCAUCAAACUACUGGUGAAAGCCAAAACUAACUACAAGGAGUACUCCAUGGAGUCACGCACCCAGUUCAGGAUCCAUGCUGCUCUCUCCAAACUCAAGGCUGACACUAGUGACCAAGAUGAAAUCACACCACUGUAGUAUAACAGGUGUCAUUGUGCUGAGCAAGCACUGGACUUGCUUCCCCUGCCAUGUGUAGACGUUCCGAGAAGACUUGCUCUCUUUUACAUCUUCAGCUACUUUGAUCACUGCCUCCAAAUGUUACUUGCUUUGUGGUGAAAGUCUCUCAUGGAUGGUGAUCUUUCCCUGAUUUAAAACACUUGAGUUUUGAAUGGGAGUUGGUAGAAGUUGCCUCUACCUGCUGGUUCAAGAUCAGAGGCAUUUUAUCCACCUACUGCGUGAACACCCUGAUCCUACGUCUGUAGUUAGAAGCUGAACCUAUCGUCAGUGUUUGAAUGUGUGGUACUUAUGUCACUGUACUGGUUACCCAGAACAAUAGAUGGGGAGGCAGAUGCUCAAAACAAUUUGAAUAUGGUAUAUCCACAUUUUUUUUGUUGGGAAAAACAUGUUGAAAUGAACUUAUUAACAAUGUAAGUUGUGAGGUAGAGUUUUGCUUUUAACUUCUCCAAAUGUGAUUACUGUAAGCAUUUUGACAAAAGCACCCAUUUAGUGAUAAUUGAGUUAGACAGACAUACGACUACAUAACGUAUGACAUUGCUUUGAUCCAAGUUAUUUUAACAAAUGUAUUAACAUGUAUGUAUUAGUAGCUGUAGAAGAAGCUUAAUAAUCAAUAGGUCAUGCUACAUUUGAAGUCAUAAGUUUAUAUACACCGUAGUCAAAUAUAUUUAAACUCAGUUUUUCACAAUUCCUGACAUUUAAUCCUAGUAAAAAUUCCCUGUCUUAGGUCAGUUAGGAUCACCACUUCCUUUUACGAAUGUGAAAUGUCAGAAUAAUAGUAGAGAAUGAUUUCAGCUUUUAUUUCUUUCAUCACAUUCCCAGAGGGUCAGAAGUUUACAUAUACUCAAUUAGUAUUUGGUAGCAUUGCCUUUAAAUUUUUAAACUUGGGUCAAAUGUUUUGGACAGCCUUUCACAAGCUUCCCACAAUAAGUUGUGUGAAUUUUGGCCCAUUCCUCCUGACAGAGCUGGUGUAACGGAGUCAGGUUUGUAGGCCUCCUUGCUCGCACAUGCUUUUUCAGUUCUGCCCACAAAUUUUCUAUAGGAUUGAGGUCAGGGCUUUGUGAUGACCACUCCAAUACCUUGACUUUGUUGUCCUUAAGCCAUUUUGCCACAACAUUGGAAGUAUGAUUGGGGUCAUUGUCCAUUUGGAAGACCCAUUUGCGACCAAGCUUUUAACUUCCUGACUGAUGUCUUUCUGUUGCAUCAAUAUAUCCACAUAAUUUUUCUUCCUCAUGAUGCCAUCCAUUUUGCCACCCCCGUGCUUCACAGUUGGGAUGGUGUUUUUCUGCUUGCAAGCCUCCCCCUUUUUCCUCCAAACAUAACGACUGUCAUUAUGGCCAAACAGUUGUAUUUUUGUUUCAUCAGACCAGAGGACAUUUCUCCAAAAAGUACAAUCUUUGUCCCCAUGUGCAUUUGCACACCGUAGUCUGGCUUUUUUAUGGCGGAUUUAGAGCAGUGGCUUCUUCCUUGCUGAGCGGCCUUUCAGGUUAUGUCGAUAUAGGACUCGUUUUACUGUGGCUAUAGAAACCUUUACCUGUUUUCUCCAGCAUCUUCAUAAGGUCCUUUGCUGUUCUGGGAUUGAUUUGCACUUUUCGCAUCAAAGUACGUACAUUUCUAGGACGCGUCUCCUUCCUGAGCGGUAUGAUGGCUGUGUGGUCCCAUGGUGUUUAUACUUGCGUACUGUUGGUACAGAUGAAUAUGGUACCUUCAGGUGUUUGGAAAUUGCUCCCAAGGAUGAAGCAGAGUUGUAGAGGUCUACAAUUUCUGAUUUUUGAUUUUCCCAUGAUGUCAAGCAAAGAGGCACUGAGUUUGAAGGUAGUCCUUGAAAUAGAUCCACAAGUACACCUCCAAUUGACUCAAAUGAUGUCAAUUAGCCUGUCAGAAGCUUCUAAAGCCAUGACAUUUUCUGGAAUUUUCCAAGCUGUUUAAAGGCACAGUCAACUUUGUAUGUAGACUUAUGACAAACUGGAAUUGUGAUACAGUGAAUUAUAAUUGAAAUAAUCUGUCUUUAAACAAUUGUUGGAAAAUUACUUGUGCACAAAGUAGAUGUCCUAACCAACUUGCCAAAACGAUAGUUUGUUACAAGAAAUGUGUGGAGUGGUUGAAACACUUAGGUUGGAGUCAUUAACUAGUUUAUGUACACUUCAGACUUCAACUGUAUGUUGUCCCUGCUGUAAUGUAGAGGAAAGUAGUCAGUUGAAAUAAGUUUCACCUCACUAACCUCUGAUAUUCAUUACUUCAAAUAAUGUUUAGACUGUCACUCAAGACCUUGUACAAAGAAAGGCGUGGUUAAAAGAUUUGAAAAACAUAAUUAAAUAUGUACAUUUGCUACAAGCCCUUUUUAUUAUAUUUUACUGGAGCAUAACCAGGCCUUGUCCAUAUUGGCUAAUGUUCUGAGGGCUAAAGGAGGAGGUGUAACUCAAAUAUUAGGAAGGUGUUCUUAAUGUUUUGUAUAAUGUGUAUAAACUUACCUGCUACUUCCUUGAUGAACUUAAUCAGUGGAUCAUGACAUCACACUCAGUGUCAAUCAUGGGGUGGCAGGUAGCCAAGUGGUUAGAGCGUUGGGCCAGUAACUCAAUGGUAGCUGGAUUGAAUCCACAGCUGACGAGUUAAAAAUCUGUUGUUCUGCCCCUGAACAAUGCACUGUUCCGCGGUAGGCCGUCAUAAAUGAGAAUUUGUUCUUCACUGACUUGCCUAGUUAAAUAAAGGUUACAUACACGGUCUGCACAACAGUGUGCACUAUGUAAGGCCAGGGGAUAAAUGUUCUACAUCCUUAUACUUUAUUGUCCAUUUACAUGGACAUUCAUUUUGUUAAGUCAGCAUACAAAUGCACAAAACCUAUAAUACAUACAGGAUCUAAUUGUAGGGUGUUUACCUAAACUAUUGGGCUGGUAUGCCAGACACAGAUGAAGCCUAGUCCUGGACUAAAAAGCUAUUUUCUAAUGGAGAUUCUCUAUUGAACAUGCUUAGUCCAGGACUAUGCUUCAUCUGUGUCCGGGAAACCGACACCUUAGGGUUGUGAUGAUAUUCAGGUAUUUUUAACAUAUUGAGAGUCACACCCAGGGUCUUGAGACCAUGACCAGACCGAGACUGCAUUUACUUGGUCUCAAGUAGUCUCAGACCAAUCCUCAAGAUCAAUAAUUAUUUUCUGAUGUAUACUAUAUACAGCCUGCUGAUUUCAUAUGGUUCUGGAUGUUGGUUUGCUAACCCAAUGCCAUCCUUCUGUAACCAUAACCUAACUUGAACCAAUUUCAAUCCGUGUCUUUGGAUCUGACUUUUAUGUUAAUCAUAUCUCAUACACUGAACAAAAAUAUAAAUGCAUCAUGUAAAGUGUUGUUCCCAUGUUUCAUGAGCCAAAAUCAAAGAUACACCUUUUCCAUACAUUUUGUUUUUACAUACCUGUUAGCGAGCCUUUCUCCUUUGCCAAGAUAAUCCAUCUGACAGGUGUGGCAUAUCAAGAAUUUGAUUAAACAGCAUGAUCAUUACAGGUGCACCUUGUGCUGGGGACAAUAAAAGGCCACUAAAAUGUGCA